AAAAUAAAAAAACAUAGCGUAAUUCAAAAUAAUAACUGUAUCCUAAUAAUUAGAUAGUAAAACUUCUGACGAAGUCACUUGCUCAGAUAGUAUCUUGGUAAAUAUUUUUAUCCAUACUUACACUUCUCUUUCCCCAUUCCCUUUUCCCUCUCUAUUAUCGUCGUUGGUCGUUGCGUGUAAGGAUAUAAGUAGCUGCAAAAUGUGGGUUAAAAAACAACCCCUACUAUACUGCAACUUGCAAGCACAAGAUAUAUCAUCAAUGUUCACAGUAUCAGAGAAGCGCGCCGAGUCGCUGACGGCCCGCCGUUCUAUUUGGCUCCUAAUGGAACCGGCAGGGGACUAACUGCAUGGACAAUGGUGGUCAAAAACUGUGUUUUAGUGAAACUGAGUGUAGUGCCAGUGCUGUGAACUCUUUAUUAGUGUUACAUAAGGUCGCAAUGAACUGUAGAAGAAGCCCGCCCUGACGCGGCUAGCGCGCCAGCGUCCGCGGCGGGCGAGGUGCAGGUCAUGGCACCAGCAUUGUCUAUAGCAUCCCGAGAGCCGCACAUCCACGACUCUAAUUUGUUUGGAGAAAUAGAGCGGCCACUGAGUCAACGAAGGCGGGCGCUUGCGUCCGUCGAUAACCUCGCACGUAUGGAUGAGGAUGACAUGGGACCACAGAAUCAGCCUAGUCUCGCUAAAGACUCUCAAGAGAUGGAGCAGAUUUUGGUUGAUUUGGGAAACAGUGAUCUUGAGCAACAAGGUGAUUUGCUCCAAGCUAUAAAAACACUAGAAACUGGUGGUGACACACUUUCUGGAGGAGAAGCCUUAUCUACUGAUGACCCAGAAGCAAUCUUUCCUCUAUCUGGAUUUGAGUUGGCAGAGCCCGCAGAUUCAGAGGGAGAUGCUAUGGAAGAGAAGAUCAAAGCGAUGCAGCUGCGACUUGAGAGAAGAUGUUCUUUCUUACAGAGGAGAUUAAGAAUAUUACAGGCUCGUGCUAUUGGGAAAAAAGUAUCUGAGGAAGCGGCUCAGUCUUUUGAGAAAUGUACACGAGGUGUCCGCAAAGACAGUGGUGGUGGUAGACCAGUGGGCUUGAAAACAUUUUUAAAAACUGUAGAGACAACUUCUGCAUUACAAGCUAGUGCAGCAUCAAGGACAGUAGUUGGUCCUAAGUACUAUAAUCCUGGAACAUCUAAAGGUGAUGCAUCAAAGUCUGCGAGUAUUGGCAUACCAUCUGGUACACUGACAGGCUUGGAAGAUACUGCAGGAGCACUGCGUUCACACCUAUCAGUGGUUAAACACGAGCUGGACUCUGAUGCCACUCUGUCAUCAUCAGGAGCUGAGAGUAAUGAUGAAGCUGUCACCUACAAUAACCCUCAUCAACAGCCGAUGCCAAUUGAGAAACGCGCGCUCUGGUCGUGGCAACGCUCCCGUGCGUCGAUUGCUUCUCGCUGGUGCUGGUUGCAAGCCCAAGUUCAGGAGUUAGAGUAUAGGAUCAGGCAACAUAAUGAACUGCACAAACAGGUCCGUGAAGCUAAAGGACGAGUGGAGUUUGAAGGCGAACCAGCCGCGUAUGAAGGUUCCCUGCCGGGCUCUGAGCUGCCUGAUGACCAUCCUUCGCACGAGACUUGUGCUCGCGUGCGUCCGCUGCGACGGGAGACCUUCAAGAAGAGGAAACUACUGCAAAUGCAUAAUCUACACAUUGCCACGCAGAAGGCUGCUCGACCAUCAGAUAUCAAGUGCAGUUGUGAGCAAGGCUUGGAGAGUUGUGCAGUGUGCACAGGCCGCGCUGAGCCGACCCAGCCUGCCCCACCCUUCAGUACUGUGCCGCCUCGGCUACGCAUUGCCGCCGUCGACCCUGGCUUCCAUCCUGUGCUUAGUGAUAUCAAAGACAUGUCCCCGUCGCUGCACAUGUCUGCGCUGGCGAGCCGCGCGUGGUUCCGUCCCCGCGCGGGGCGCGCGUGGCGCGGGGCUCACUCGGCUCACUCCACGCAGUCGCCACACGCGGGGCACGCCACGCACGCCUCGCACGCGCCACACGCGAGCCACGCACCACACUCGCAGGCCGCGACCACCUCGGGCCGCGCGCAGUCCACCUCCAAUACGCACACGCCAAAGUCUCUCAAACGGCAUCCCACACGAUUGAAAAGGGGUCGACCACCACUAACGAAAAAAGUAAAGGAGAGAGAAAGAGAUGAAGAAACUUCUACAGCUGGCCAUGAAAGGACCCGAGGCCGGUCGAGUACGGAGUCUCGGUCGUGGCGACGACAGUCGUACGACAUCGACAACAUCGUCAUACCACAGAGCGUGGCUGCCAACACGCGCCCGCAGAUACUCACCUACAAGGAGAUUAUUACACCCAAAUGGCGAGUGCUAGAAAUUCCGGAAGCACCGUUAAACAAUGGCGUUAUGAAGACAAAUCGUCAAAUGUCAAUCGAGAGUGAGGAGGAAGACGUGUCGGAGGCGGCGGUGUCCCUCCGCCAUCGGCGCGCAGAGAGCCGCGAGCGGGCGCGCUAUGUACGCAAGCGCCGCGCGCGCCGCGACCAACAAGACGCCACCGGGGACGCGGCCGACACGCGCGACACUCGCGACACUCGCGACACUCGCGACUCACGCGACGCACGCGACACACUGGACGCGCGCGUGUCGCCGGCCGCCACGCCUGUACACGACCCGCCGCCGCCGCCGCGACAACCCACGCCGCCGCAACACGAGACAGUGAGACCGUACACGCCGCGCCAGUUCCCGCUGGCGGACGAGCAGUACCAGCACAUGGUGGCGAGCAUGCCGAGCGGGUUCCACGCGAGCCGCUCGGCCACGCCGUCGCUGCCGUCGCCCGCGCCGCCCGACGCGCCCGACAGCGACUCCACCAGCACGCUGUCGCCGGCCGAGCACAGCGUCUUCGACGGCGACGACCCGGACGACGCCGAGUGGGACCCGCAUGCUGAGCGAGCUGAACGUCGGAAGUCCUCGUUUAGAUGAAUCGACCAUUCUACCGCACCACCGGUCUUACAUUGUCUCAGAAGUCGCCACUACUUCUGUCUAGCUCUGUAGCAGUAACUCCUCGACUCUGCCUCUAAAGAUAUUCGUAGCAGAUAAAGGAGAAAAGCUUUAAGGGCUGUUUGCCUAUGUAAUAAAUAAUUUACUUUUUAAUUGCUGUCACAUUUGGUCCAUGGACUCGCCCAUGAUUUAUAGAUCAUACUAUUCCUAAGUUUGGUCUUUGCAUUUUAUCAUAAAUACACAUAAGUAAUAUUUUUAUGUAAUUGGAUGUUAGCAGGCACCAUUAUGAUAAUAGUAAUUUGUUCACUUACUGUUGAGAAAGUUUGAUAAUUAUAAAUGUAACAGUUACCUUCAGUAAACAGUUGAUGUUGAUGGCUAUGUCUAUUCAGAACAGUAGGUUAUAUUUUUAUUAUAAUAUAAUUCAGUAAGUGAUUUAAAACAUAGUAAAAGUAAGAUCUAAAUUUAAUUAAUUGGUCUAAUAUUAAUGGAAUAUAAAUUGACUUGUAUUUACACAGCAUUGCACAUAUACAUUACUGCUACUAGUACUUCAGUAUUCUUGUAAAAAUGUAUAAAGUGGUGAUGAAGUAAGUUCAAGAUACAUACUACUAUAAAAGCAUGAAGAGCGCCCGUUGUACAAUAUGGAGAUGUGCAAGAUGCACUAAAUGCACUUGAUUACAAAAUUUAUUGAUCUUUAUUGUAUGUUAACGUUACUUUAUGUGAAAUGAGGUAUUGUUCUGUUGUAAAAAGACGUGCGAACUGAUGUAUUAAUAAAACAGUAGCUUUUGUAGUUUACUGAUGCAAGUGAGCGUACCAUAACAUUCCCUUCAGUUCAAAUAAUGUUAUUGUACAUGUUAAAUUUAAUUUAACGACUAUUUGUAUUCAUUGCAAGAUUUGAAUGCCGCUUGAUUAAACUUGUCAUGAGACAGGAUUUAUAUGAAUGUGUUCCCCUUACAUUUUGUCUACAUUUAAGUUUGAUGAUAAAGCUUUUCUAUUUUAAUAUUAAUAAUGCCCAAUUAUUGUCGCCAAGCGUAUGUAAAUAUUGUCUAAUGUUACUCGGGCACUGAUUAGAAACUUAUAGACUGGCUAUAAAAUAAUUAUUUGAAUCUCUGUAAGAGUAUGAAUUUGAUGUUUCAAGCCUUCAGUUUUGCUUAUUAGGAAAUGUCUGGUUUUAGUUUACAUUUACCAUUGGUAAACAUUAUUUUUGUCACGCAUAAAACAUUGGUGUAUUUGAAAAGUGGAUUGUGUAUAUAGUUGGGUCUAUGAGACAGAAAAUUGACUGAGUAUAUAACAUAAGAUAGGAGACUAUUUCACUUAGUUUUCUGUCACCAAUAGUUAUGUAACUCUCGUGGUUAUAUGUUUAUUUGAAAUAAUAAUAUUCUUGUAAUUUAUCAGAGUGUAUGUUGUUGAGACUGCUUGGCUGAUGGUAUACAUACAUAAUUAUUGUGAAGGUGAAUGUAAAAUUUAAUGAAGUUUGUUCAAUUUUCUUGAGAAGCCAAAGUCUUCUGGUUAUUUGUAAUUAAUUGAAGUAUGUAGUUAAGUUUUUUUUAAGGUGACUCUGUUCCAAAGAGUGGAUUGAGAAAUAUAGAAUUAAACAGUCAAA